GUUAUAUUCUGUAAAAAUGACGAUUUGUCUCGUAGAAUUAUGUUUGUUAUUUCUUUUUCUUUUAUUCUCUGACACAUUGAGGUGGCAUUCUCCUUUUCUACAAGAAAGUGAUAUCACAGAAAAUCCAUCUUACCCAAUGGCUGGCAUGGGAAAUAAUCGUUCGCAAGUACCUAUUGCCACCCCUCCUCCACGGCCAGAGUAUGACGAUACGCCUAAAAAAGGACAAAAUAUCAAUUCGAUCAACGAUGUGAAGACGUCUUUCGAGAACGCUGGAAAAGCUCCCGAGAAACCAACAACUGGUACCACCAUCCGCAAAAACGACGGCGACGACCCGUACCAUGAUGCCAACGAACGGAAUCAAGAUCCCUUAUCGAAGUCAGCGAACGUUAAUGAUGAUCAGAUAUUUGCACGACAAACCGCACCUAUUAUGGGAGGCAAAAAAGUGGGAGAAGAUGAGACGGAUUUAAUGUCUCAGAACAUCGAUGUAGAUCCGGGGAAGUCUAGACAUUCGUUAAGUCGGAAUAGCAGAGAAAAGCGCAAAAGCAGUGUUCGAACAGCCAACAGUGAAAUCGUCACGGGAAAGAGUUAUAAAUUGCAAUUUCCACAGCCAUUGCCUUUGAGUAAUCCGAACAUGAUCGCCAACGGUCUUCAGCUUAUUGCUCUUCGUUAUAUCCUGGUUGCGGGAGCCAUUUGUUAUAUAUGCGGACGCAUGCAUUUUGGCAUAUUUAGCGGUGCUGUCAUUGCUUGUAUGUGCGGUGGUGGUUACUGGCUGUUGACAUCGGAAACACGUCAAGCUCUUGCCUGGCAAGUCGAAAAAUUGGAUGCUUCCGAAACGCUCAAUUCCUCCGGCGAGACUGUACAAUGGUUAAAUUACUUUAUCGGAAGGAUAUGGAGAAGUAUCGACCCCUCUGUUUUCAAUGUGGUGGAAGAUCUGCUAGAGGAUAUUCUAGGAGGCAUUGCGCCAGCAUUUAUAAAAGCCGUUAAAGUGACCGAUUUGGAACUGGGAGUUCAUGCUCUCCAAAUAGAUAAAGUAACCAUUCAUCCGCAGAAAAAGGGUCAGCGCGAAGAGAGCAUCUUCGGGGACGCGUCCUUUCAACUGAUCGCCAAUCCAGUAGCAUCAUCCAAAAGUCUCACUCACGGCGUCUCUUCUCCUCCUGGUAUCAACAUUCGAUUCAAGACAGGUCUAUAUGCACCUAUCGACAUCAAGGCCGAACUAGUUCGUCUCACUGGUAAAUUGCGGUUCAAGCUAUUGACAUGCCUUGAACCACCCUUUGUCUCCAAAGUGACAAUUUCAUUUGCGUCUAUUCCGACUAUCGAAACCAGUGUCAUGCCAUUGACCCAGAAGGUCAAUGUGAUGAGACUGCCAUUGCUAAAGGCUGUCGUCGACGAAGGCAUCAAACUUGGCUUUGCUGAUCUGGUGGAUCCUAAAAGCAUAACGCUGAAUGUCCAGGCUUUGAUGGGGGCCGCCGCUCAAGAUACGGAGGCCAUUGGUGUAGUCAAAGUGACGGUUCGUGAAGCGUUUAGGGACGAUACCAUCACCUUCACAGAUAUGCAAGAUGCUUAUGCGACGGUAUCGGUUAACAACCGGCCUCAUCAGAACGUAUCGAGCACGCGCAUAUUGACGAACGAUAAAGAUCCUCGCUGGGAUGAAGACUUGUAUACUCUUGUUUAUGAGGAUGAUAUUACCGCGGACAACAAGGUGGAUAUUAAAGUUUGGGACGCUGAUAAAGUAAAGUUUGACGACCUGUGGGGCUCUGUGUCACUUCCUGUCAAAGACAUCGUGCGAGGCAAAAUUGAUAACCUUGGUAACGUCGCGGAUUGGUGCAAAACCGAACGUGUUGUGUUCGAUGGAUGGGCGCCGAUGGAUGGCGAAGAAAUGGACAAUAGUAAAGUUCGUUUGAAUUUCAAACUGAGCUUCCAUCCAAAGUACGUUGUUCCAAAGUCAAACUUACUGAAUCUUGACCCCAAAAAGAAAGAGAACAAAGAAGAAGAAGAAAAGGUCGACCCAGAACAUACAAGCGGGAUUCUAUCGGUUCUGAUCAGGGAAGCCAAAGAUCUUGAAGUUGGAGAUCCAUCUGUUAUCAGCCAAGAUAAUUUGAAACAUCCAUACAAUCCAAACAUUGGCAUCAGUCCAUACGCUGUGCUGUACAUUAGUGAUCGAAAAGCCUACCAAACGCGUGCUAAAUUGAAUAACCCCAGUCCGUACUGGAACGCAAUUUCAGAGCAUUUCAUCAAGGAUUUCAAUCAUGACUUCCUGCGCAUCUCUAUAAAAAAUAAUGCAGAUCUCGAGCAUGAUCCGGUGUUGGGAACGAAGGUGAUUCGGUUGAAAGAAUACUUGGAAGGAGAAGGUGACAAGUAUAAGGGAAUGGAGCGUUGGAUCCCUCUCGCCAACGGCAUCGGUUUCGGAAAGUUCCAUCUCAAUCUCAAAUAUAAGCCCGUGAAACUGACCGUACCACGGCCACUGCGAGGUGCAGACGUUGGUACCCUGGUUAUCGGCAGUGUGCACAUUAACAAGUUUGGCACCGAUGGCUCUGAGCCCGAAGGUUCGAUUCAAGCAACUCUUGCACUCAACGUUGAUCCUGUCAUUGUUAAACGACUCAAAGCCCGCGAUCUUGAUGAGAACAAGACAUGGAGUCGUAAUAAUUUGUACUUUCCGCUUUUGAUGCGAUAUCGAACUGCACUCUAUGUGCACAUCCGACAAGGAACGCUUACAACGACCCGUGCCACAGGACGUUUGUCAAUGAAGCAGAUCUAUGACAACGAGUGGCAAACGGUCACUAUCGGCCUCCAUGACUACGUCAACGAGGACAACGCAAACGAGGAUAUCUGGCCAGAGAUGGGCCCCCACGGACAAAUCGUGGUGCGUUUGAAAUUUGUCUCUGGCUUUUCCUCUGUACACGCCCAACUACGUCCGUUCCGACUCGACAUGCUCGGUGCCAAUCCAUUUGAAGGGGAGGAGAUUGAAAGAGAACUGAAACAAUGGUUCCAUGGAGAUGGCGAGAAAUACGGGGACAACAGUCAAGUGAAACAACAAUCAGAAGAGUAUUUGGCCAAUGACAGAAUCAGUAAGCUCUUGUUCUUACGAAAAAUGGAACGGGGCGUGGAUAUUGUCCGAAAUAAGGUAGACAUAGUUCGAAACGGCUUCAAUUCGGAAACACGCGCGAAACGAUCAGUGGCCGAAGAAUAAGUCAUCGAAGCCAGCGAAUCCCGAACGAUCUUUGCAUGAUAACGCAAUUGCGGAAUUUAAAACAUCAUCUAAUACAACUGUGCUAUUUUUUUUUCUUGUUUCUUUUUGUUCCGU